AUGUCUACCGACGAAGCAUCUCGUUCACUUGGCAGUGAUGCGUGGCUUGAAGCUGGCGAAUAUGAACCCGGAAGUGAAUGGCACACGCGUGCGACCAACUUUGUGAAAGCUGUCAACUGGGAUGCGCUUGCUACUACUGCUUCUCAGCAAAGGGGCGGUAUUUCCUGCGGUUUCGCUGAGAAAUUCUCUGUAGGACAUUUCAAUAUGACUCGGAGACUUGACUUUGUCGACGGUAUUAGUUGGGUAGCGCGGGUUCGAUUCCCGAGCACCGACGCUGCUACUGAUCGUGAAGCCUUAUCCGCCUCCAAAACGAUGGAAAUUGAGAUUGCAAGUAUGAAGUUUUUCAGACUAAAGACAUCGAUUCCAGUCCCCGAAGUCCAUGCGUAUAACCUCUCUGUCCAAAAUGAGGCUGGGGCUCCUUUCAUUCUGAUGGACUACAUUCAUGGCAGUGUUGCGUCAGAAUUACGUGUCCAGCACGGCUCAGCCCGCGGCCUUUUCGGCACCCCUGAGCAAGAUCGCAGGUUCAGGAAGCAAGUUGCUCGUAUUCAAGCUACCGUCGCUUCGUUCCAGUUCCCACAGAUUGGUGGCAUUUACUACAACGAGGACGCAAAUGAUUUCUAUAUUGGACCUGAGCUGCAAACCGGCCGCGGGCCAUGGGCCUCAUCGUCAGAAUACUAUGAUGAUCUCGCCCAUCACUUAUUAAAAUCGAUAUCGAAAGAUCCCCUACGGCAAAGUCCGUCAUUCAUGGUACCGUCGAUUCUCAACUUUUUGUUGCGGAUUUGCGGUGAACAGAAGGAUGGGCCAUUUCGAUUAGCAAAUCGGGAUUUCGGAGCGCACAACAUCCUCGUCAAUGAGGAUUUUGACGUUGUUGGUGUCAUCGACUUCGAUGGUGUCAUGGCUGCGCCGCUUGAAGUUGUUACCCAACUACAGACGUACAAAGACAUGUUGGCCAAAUAUGAAGCAGGUGCCGGCGGUAAUUUCAAGGUUGCAGAUCGCUUGGGAGGCAUACCUGCGAGUGCAUACCAGGGCAUGAGAGCAUAUCAAUCGCACCAGGAUUUUGUGAAUGAUAGAUGGAUGAGAUCAUGCUUGAAAAUGCUGCAGGACUUGACACAGAAACCAGAAAACUCGUGA